CUCUCCGCCAUCAAGGCCAGGGGCAUCAAGCACAGAAUCAAGUGGAACCGGAAGUCUGUGCCCAGCACCGUCCAGAUCACAGAAGCCCAGGUGGCCCAGAACCCCCCAGGAGCCUUCAUCAAGCAAGGCCGAAAGCUCCACAUCGACUUCGGAGCUGAGGGCAACAAGUACUAUGAGGCCAACUACUGGCAGUUCCCGGACGGGAUCUACUACGACGGCUGCUCCGAAGCCAACGUGACCAAGGAGGUGUUCAUCGCCAAGUGCAUCAAUGCUACCCAGGCAGCCAACCAGGCCGAGUUUUCCCGGGAGAAACAGGACAAUAAGCUUCACCAGCGGGUCCUGUGGCGGCUGAUCAAAGAGCUCUGCUCAGUCAAGCACUGCGACUUCUGGCUGGAAGGGGGAGCCGGAUUCCAGCUCUCCGUGGACCAGCCAGUGAUGCUCUGCCUGCUGGUCUUCAUUUGGCUCAUGGUGAAAUAAUCCUGGAAGGAGUCUGGUGGCCAUAGAGGUGAGCCGGUGAGCAGAUUAUGGAGACAGGUACCCCAGUCCUCCCCGACCCCACACCCACAUGUGUCUUGAAGGUACCAAAGAGAAGUGAUUCAUCAGCGCUUCAAAUAUCACUCCUAAGUGCUCACCUGUAUUUGUAUGGGAUAAGCAUGUGUCUGUGUGUCCAUUUCCCGCGUGCUCUGUGGCGGCUGGGGGGUAUUUGGCUCAUUAUAUAUUCUCAGCUCCCAGUGGAGGGUCUGGUACACCACCUUAGGCAACUGGUGAAUCGAUCCAAGAAUUCAUCAGGAACUGUGCUCAGUACUUCACCAUACCUCCCACAACUCUUUUAAAGAGUUAGAUGUUGUUCCUCUUUUACAGAUGAGGAGACCAAAGCUCAGAGAAGUGAAGCUCACCCAGCGUCACACGGCUGGAAAGUGGCAGAGUCAGGAAUCAACCACAGCCUGUCUAAUCUCAGGUUUUCUGUGCUGUCCAAUCCCACAGCUGUCUCACGAUCGCUUUGUGGUUUGCAAAGCCUAGAUCCAACCUUGUUUCUCGAAUGGAAACUGUGAAAGCUCCACUUUUAGAAAUAAAUGGGAAAACCUGA